GAAAUGCGCAAUGCCACCCCUGGUCUAAGAUAAGCGGCCUCCAUGCUCGGUCGUAAGUUUUUACGAUAUCAAGGAUAGCGAUAUCCAUAUGUUCGUUUCUCUCAAUGAUCUCUUCGAUAGAUUCCUUAAGCUCGUUGAAAUAAGUUGUAGUUCCCCUGCCUGGGCGAAAGGCAUGUUGUUCGUUGGCGAGUCGAGCUGUACUUUCCAAGUGUUGAAUUACUCUGUGGUUCAUCAUUCUUUCAAAUACCUUACCCACACACGAGGUCAGCGAGGCGGUCGAUAGUUGAUAUCACUUGACAAUCUGCUACUCUUUAAUAUGGGGAUUAUAAUUAACUCACGCCAUUCUGCUGGGUAUUCUCCUCGCUACCAGCUAGUGUUAUACCCGUGUAGAACUUCUUUGGUUAUGAAUGGUAAACGACGCAACAUUUGAUAUGUGAUUUCAUCCGGGCCGGCGGACUUUCCUUUGCUUUUUUCCAGAGCGAAUCCUCCAUGUUGAAAUCAACAUCCAUUGUGGGGUUACUUGGUGGAGUAACGAACUAGUGGAUGUUUUUUGGGAAAUUUCCUCUUUCCAGAAAUCCAGCGGAUAGCUGCGAGAACUCGAAUUUAAGGAAAAAUGCUUUCCAAGUACUAACACGAUAGCUGACGGAUCUUCAACAAGAACACCAUGUAGAUCAAUCUUAGGGAUUCUAUUAUCUCGUCUUCCUGUUAGGCGAUUGAAAUGUUUCCACAAUAUGCCACUUGUGGUAGAGGGAUAUUGAAGCUCGAUGCAAAUUCAAAUCCAAGGUUGUCCCAGGAAAAAUGUCUGCCGUUGAAAUCACCGGCAAACAUAGAUCGUUCAGAAAUCUGUUCGGAAAUACCCAUCAGUGCUUCCGAAAUGCGCAGAGCACUGUGUGUGUUGUUGUAUACGCAGACGAUUGUCAAUUUAAUAGGUGACCGAAUCUCUACAGCCACAGCCGGGAUAUUGGUGUCCAGAUGAAUCUGUGAAUGUGGAACACAGCAUAGGACUACAAGAACAGCUAGACCCUGACGAUUUCGGAAUGAUCCGGAAGAGUAGACGAAAAACUCAUACCAGUUUUCGAGCUAGGAUCCAAAGUUGGUACAAAGUUGGAUUCCCGGAGGCAGAGCACGACAGUAGCAGAACACGGAAACCAUCGCUGGUGGCCGGUUCUUCGGAGAUAGAGCUGAUAUCUGAAUCAUCCGGAAAGUGAGUUUCUGGAAGGUUAAGUGGAUCAACUUCUGCGUUCAUUGGAUUGAGAUAUGGGGUAUGUACUUGCCUGGGCCCCACCCAAUUUCCCAAUGGCAGCAGGCACCGAACGACCGUUAGACGGCUCUGGAUCAUGCCCGAACGCGGCCAGCAAAGGGAGGAGAUAGAGAAGUUACAUCGAUCGUAGCCACAGUUGGAGAUGUUGCGGUGUCUGGUUGGAGUAACAAGUCCUGUGCGAAAUUUUUAUUCACCUUUCGAAAACAGUUGUCCGUGUGGCUUUGGUCGGUGAAUGUGGCCAGUUCUGGAUUUUCUGGUACGUUUCAACUUGUUUGGAUCGUCGCAUGCGGUAGGCCGAUAUUUUAAAGCCAGAAAACUUCGAGAUCUUGUUCCUUUACCAGGAUCGAAUGAAGGCGACAGUGUGAGCGUCGUUAGUGAAACUGAAAGUUGAGCAGCGUUUGGGACUAAUCGGUGCUGUUUGUGUUGGAAACUUGCCGGUGGUGCUUCCAGUUGCCCGAUGCCAGCAAGCAUCGAACGAACGUCGGGGUGCCCCGGAUCAUGUCCGAACUUCCUGCUGAAGCUCUACAAGAAAGGCGUUCGACCGGAAGACAUUGGCAUUAUCACACCGUACCAACAGCAGGUCAAGACAAUUCGGCGCAUUCUGGAUGAAAGUAAUUUGCAGAAACCAAAAAUCGGAAGCGUGGAGGAAUUCCAAGGCCAGGAGCGUAUGGUGAUUAUUAUAUCUACUGUGCGAACUUCGAAAUCGCUGCUGCAAAGCGACCUGCAGCAUGCACUUGGUUUCAUUGCCAGCCCAAAGCGCUUGAAUGUGGCCAUCUCCCGUGCACGGGCGCUGCUUUUGAUCUUCGGUAGCCCUCAUCUGCUGUCAGCGGACAAACACUGGCGAAAUCUGUUGUUCAGGGCGAUUAAUUCCGGUUCGUACUGUGGGUGCGAUCUUCCCGAGCAUAUUGAUCCCACGGAGCCAGCGCUGAAUGGCGACGCACACAAGGAGGAGUGAACUAUUGUGUAACGGUUGGAGUUUGAUUACUUAUAAACGCGGGUUCGUAUAUGCUACAUCCGAAUACCUCGAACGAACUGCAGUGUAUCGUAUUAUUAUGAGAUGUAUCAUUUCUGAAUUUAAUUUUUAUGUUUGAAACAAAUAAAAUAAAUGAGAUUAAUUUUAAA